CUUCUCUUCCUCUCUUACCCUCUCUUGGGUCUCAUUUCCAGGGCGUUUUGAUUUGAACCCCCCCCCCAAAAAAAAACCGCUUUCGUAAAAUUAGUAGAAGCCAAAAAAAAAAAAGAACCCAGUAAAAAUUUACAUGAAAUCAUCGUUCACCAGAAGAAAGAAGGAAGAAGAAGAAGAAGAAGAAGAAACUCUCACUCUCUUUUCAGAUCUAACAAUAUCAGAUCACUUCACUCUUAUAAUUUCUGAAGGGCCAGCCUUUUGCCGUUUGAUGGUUGAUGGUUGUGAUCUACGAAGAUCUUGUCUGAUUCGAGGCAAUAGGGUUGUGGGUUUUUGUAAUUACCAUGAUUUUCCUUUGAAUCUACGAAGUUUCUGAUGCAGUAAUUUUAGACAAAAAAUUAAAUCACUUUGAUUUAAGUAUCAUGUUGUUGGAUCUGUCAUGGCGAAGAUCUUAAAGUUCAAGGUGUCGUUUUGGGUAUGAUUUUAGCCCUCAAAGUUGUCACCUUUAUUGUAUUUCAGUGGUCUGUAGGGAGGAUUUAGUGGAUUUAGAAGUUGGGUUAUCACAGGACCGAGUUGAAUCGUUGAAUUAGUGAAUUUUGAUCAUCAAAAUUAAGAGAAGUAUGGAGACUCUUGUUGUGGUGGCGCAGCAUAGAAAUCAGUAUUGUAGCAGGGUGAAGCCACAUGGGCCAGCUCGAUUUGGGUCAUCACCAUCUAGAAAUUUCAGAGGGAUUAACUGUAGGACUUUUCAAUCUGGAGCAGGAUUACUUCCAACCCCGUUUAAGUAUAGUUCUACUCCUAUACGCAAAAGGGCAUCUUCCCCUCCCUCAUCAUCAUCAUCAUUUUCCACAUCAUCUUCCUUGAAAACACCAUCUCCUAUAGUUGACGGAACACACUUGGAGACUACCAGGAAAAGUUCUCCUAUUCCUAUUAACAACAACAAAACCCCUGGAAAUGAUAAGUCUUUUAAUGAAGAGAUCUCUGGGGAAUGUUUCCUGUACUCUGAGCUUUGGGCUGGACCUGCUUAUUCCAAUUCACCACCGCCUAGCUCUUUGCCAAUACCCAAGUUCUCGCUUCGUGCAAAGAGGACCGUGUCACUUGAUUUGCCUGCUUCUGACCCUGUUAUUGAUGUUCACCCAACUGCCAAGUCUGCACCUGCAUCCCCCACCAGGGAGCUUAGCCCUUCUGUAGCAGAACUUUUUCGUAGUGCUGACUCUGCAACUAAGACUUUACGUCGCAUUCUCAAUCUUGAGAACACUGAUGACUGAAAAGUGAAGGAGCUCUUCAGCUCCUGUAAAUAAGUUUACUGUGCAAAUUGGAGUUAGUUUUAGGUUGUAUAUAGAUUGAAUAAAAUGGUUGGUAGCAUGGGUCAGUAUGAAUUUGUUUAGCUUUCUUUGGGGGGUGGUAGGAGAGGAAGUAAUGGCAAUGGUAGGUCGACAAUCUCCAGAUUUGGCUUUUUGAAUAAUGAUUUGUGAGAGUUUGGUGCUGGUUAUGAAAAUUUUUGUUAACAAGACGCACAAGUUAUGUGAUUAUGGGCUCUGUAAACGUGGAUAGAAGAUGACUCGAGCUGUUCAGAAAGCAGGGAGCUUAUCCUAGAAUCCAAGAUUGCCUGCACUCUUCUUUGUCAUGAAAUUGCACAGAUAACUGCCUUCUUAUCUCUUGGACUUAAAGGAAACUCACAGAUAACUGCCUUCUUAUCUCUUGGACUUAAAGGAAACUAUGUACUUGUUGACAUCUUACGAUGCCAAGUCCUGGGUGGUUGGUCUCAGUUCAGUUGUGGACUUUUAACUAAUAUCUUCCUUUUGUAUUAGGUACAAUGUAUAUACUGUAGUCUGUAGAAUCUCCACUAAAUUGCUUCUGCAAAUCCCUUAGGUUUCUGUUUUAUUUUUUAUCUCAUCAUUUUUAUUUCCUUCGUCUCCAAUCAGUGUCCGUUUCUAGUAGUCUAACUUUGAUUACUCCCUUUGUUUCUUUUUUUAAGCCUUGCCUCAAGUAGCCUGCCUACAUGAUCUUUCAUUUUCUUGUUACACUUUUCCUUUGUCCAUCGUUGCCUGAAUUGGCUGCUUAACAAUCAAAUAUCCCCAAUAUACUCUUCUUUCUUUUAGUAAGGAUUUCUCUCCUCUACACUCUGCUAGGGUGUUGUUCCUUCCUCACCAUCUUUUUCUGUUUUUUAAAAGGGAAAAAUGGGAAGGGGAAGUAAAGUGGUUAUAUGUCACUUCUGCUUCUGAAUCUUGUUAGGUUAGUCAGUGUUGCCAUGCCCGGUCGCAAGUGUUGUUUGUGUCUUGUUCGUCCUAGUGGGUAAUGCCACUCUCUCACUGUAGUGUUCGUAGAGCCCAUCUUUCUUGGAGAUUGUUGACUGUGCCAAGCUACUUACAAGGGAGCUACUGGGAUAAGUAUUUUAGGAGGCUUUAUUAAAGAUGUUUUCGUGUUUAGAUGUAGUCGCUAAUGAAGUCUUGUAGGGGCACCUGUCUCAGAAAUGUUUGUUAUCGGUUUCUUACUUUCCAAUGAGUUCUUGAAGCAUUAGCUUUGUAGUUUUGGGCUUUGUAGUUUUGGACUGUGUUUUCUUUAAAGUGCAAUGUUAAUGUUCAGAGUUAAGUAUGUUCUCUUAGGGGUGUUUGUCACUUGUAUUUAUGCAUUAUGGUGCUUAAGUAUGUUGGAAUACCAAUCUAUUGUGAUGUUAAAUUAUCAUAGUUGGCAA